AUGUCUCCCAAAAGUGUUCCUGCUGCUAAGAGUUCUUCAGACGAAGCCACAGCUUCUGCUGCUCAGCCAGAGGCAGGGCUGUCUUGCCAGAAGUGUGCUCAGCCAACCACGCUGAAGGAUUCCUUACCUACUGGCAGGAAUGCUUUGAGGAGGAAUUGCCUUGAGUGUGUGAGCACCGACAAGUGGCUUACACGUGCAAUCAAAAAGCCAGCAGGUGACAAGCCAGAGUCUGAGGAACAGAAGGAAAGGAGAACCUCAGCAGAAAAUGUCAAGGCCACCUUGGUGAAGAUGAGCCCUGCUGAGAAGGCCAAAUGGUACACGCAGAAGAAAGAGGAGCGAAGGCAGCAAGAACGUGGCACCAAACGCACUUUUUCCACUGGCGUGGGCUUUGUGCAGGAGGAAGAGAAGACCAGCUGGGGUGAGAAAGAGCAAGAUCAAUUUGAGACUUGCGAAAUGUGGUGUGCUCGCCAAAUGAGCCUCAAGCGCUACCAAUCAUACGAGGAGGCUGAGACUGCGUUCAAGGCUGAAUGCAAAAAGGUUGGGUCCCGCACGAUGCAGAAGCGUGGGGAAACUUUGCUGCGCAGCUUCCAAGGUGUGCUUGUGGCUUCUGGCAAGGAGCAUUCCCUCACCAGUGGCGUGCGUCAGCGUGCAGACAUCGUGGAUGAAGCAGACCUGCAGGACUUCAAGGAUGAAGCAGCUUCAAAGAAGACCAAGGCACAGUGGCGCCUUGAGAGCGAUAAGCAGGCCUUCUUGGAGGGCACACUCGAAGCCCCAGCAUCUUUGCUCAAUGUGGCCCAAGACAUCGCCAAGCAGAGGGUCAUUGAUGCUGAGGUGGAACAACAGUGGAUGGAAACCAUGGAGGCCACAGCUACAAAGAAGAGGGAGGAAAAGAAGGAGCCAACUGUCACCAUCAAAAGUGUGGGCGUCGAGUCCAUGGGCUUGGAAGCGACCAUCCAGCGAGGUGUGCAGUCAAUGAACGAUGGUGUAGCUCGCCAGAAAGCUUUGGCUGCACAAGCAGCUGAGGAAACCUCACACUUGGGCACUGAGUUGCUCAGGGCUGAGGGCAGCGAGUUCCAGGCCCGAUGUGAGGACUUGCUUCCAAAAGUCCUGGCCGACAUCGAAGAGAAGAAGGCUGAAUGGGAGACAAGCUUGAAGAACGGUGUUGCGCAAAAGGAUGCUGCGUUCAUCCACAAUCAGAUUGCCGAGGUGGCCAAGCAGCUGAAAGAUUGGAUGAGCCAAAGCCAGCCUUUGAAAGACUACAAGGACGAGAUCAAGUCUUGGAAAGGUUUCUUGGCCAAGUGCAAACAGCAGGAGAAGAAGAAAGACAAGGCUGCCACAAAAGCCAAUAGUUCUGCAAUGAGCAGCAAUAAGCUUGCAAGUGGGUCCAGCUGGCACAACUUGACCCUUUGCAAGCAAGCCUUGGAUGCUUUGCAGGUCACCCCGGCCUUGGAGAAAGACUAUGGGGUUUUCUGGAACUUGGAAAAGGAUUUGCUUGAUGCCAAGGCAGAGGCUGAAGUUGGCCCUGUGGUGUUCAGCGAAGGCCAGGCCCAAAGCCUUUGCGACGAGAUGACCAACAACGAGUACUACAAGUUCCAGAAGGUUUGGGUGAGCGAGCAGAUGAAAAAGGUAGGUUCUGGUGCCUUCUUGUCUGCCCAAGUCACCAAAGCUGCCGUGUCCAAGAAGAUGACGGGGUUGUGGAGCAAGCUGGCGAACGCUGGAGCUCUUUCCCAUGUCAAGACUUCAGAGAACUUGGUGAAGGAGAUGUUUGUCCCGCAGUUUUUUCAGCAAGCAAAGGGUUGCCAGGUGAGCCUGCACACCGACUUUGCUUUGCCAGACUGCAGGCUUCAGUUGGAGGGCAAGAGCUUCUUGGCUGGGGUGCCUCUGGACAAAGUGCCUGGCAAAGACUUGCAUGAUAAGCGUGGCUGGUUGAUGAAUGCGACAUGGGAGCAGUUUUCAGCUCUGAAGACUUGGAGUGUCAGCAUGGUGCCUGGCAAGGGUGUGGUCAUCCCCGGUGACCAUUGCUUCUUGUGCGCGACUCUCGAUGACAGCCAUGGUGGAAGAGUGCACAUGCUGAUGGAUGGGCAUGCCCAGCGAACCCUGGAGGUUUGUCACAAGCAAGUGCAAGACAAUGCAGCCUUGCAAGGUCUCAAGACUGGAAAGCUGCUUGAAGCUUUGCAGCUGCAGCUGAAGGCACCGACAGACGCCGAGAACUUGGCCUUGACAGAAGCAGCAGCGCAGCCCCUGUUGAAGCGCUUGAAGUCCACCCCUGCUUUGGGAAGUGCUGGCUCAGGAUCUACUGCGUAG